AUGUUAGGUCGGAGCUUAGAGGACAUGUCGAACUUGUCGCUCGUGAAGGAAGUGUCUCACGAAAAUAGCAGUGAACCAUCGAGCGGCGCGGGCGAAAGCGAGGGCCAGGCUAGAAGGCUGGAUCUCGACAAGUUGAGCCUAGAGGAUGAAGAAGAUCCCGCAGCAGAGCCCACAAAUUUUUCGUUUCUUGAAGACAAGAAGCUGUACGAACAUGAUAGCAAGAGGGAGGCGUUAAACCACUUGCAGCAGGCUUCGCAGUCACCAAAGGGGGGAAGACGGCUGUCGGUCAGUGCACAAAUGGCGCUUCCAGAACCUCCAUCCCUGCAAUUCGCUCAGGACAACGACCGUCAUGUAUCCGCUCGCUACAAGAUGGGGAUGGUUCUUGGUGAAGAGCAGCAGUUUUCAGACGUGCUCUCGUCCGAGCUGGUGGACCUGUACUCCAAAGUUCAAGACUGCCGUAGACUCAGAGACAAGUACCAGAUACUGUCUCUUCAAAAGCACCCUCACCAGAACCCAAAGAAUUUGCCUUCCUGGAAGAUAUACCCAAGUCCUCCCAAACCAUCCUAUAGUGCGGAGACUAAGACCGUCAUAAAGGUUGAAAACAAGCCAGACUCUGAAGUUUUCGAUUUCUCGAAGAUUGAAAUCCCAGGAGAGGAUCCAGACUGGGACUUCCAGGCUAACAGCGACGAUGCUUACACCGUUGUGUCAAGCUCUGACCCUCAAAACGUUCUUGCCGAGGUUCCAACGCUACGCCAGUACUACAAGGAUCUGGAUACAAUGGUUACUAUCUCCUCUGACGGUCCUGCAAAGUCUUUUGCUUUCAGGAGAUUGCAGUAUUUGGAAGCGCGCUGGAAUCUAUAUUCCUUACUAAACGAGUAUGAGGAGAACUCGGUUUCAAAAAAGAACCCCCACAGGGACUUUUAUAACGUCCGUAAAGUGGACACUCACGUUCACCAUUCCGCCUGUAUGAACCAGAAGCAUCUCCUGCGGUUCAUCAAAUACAAACUGAGGCACUCAGGCGACGAGAAAGUCAUUCAUAGAGACAACAAGGUGCUAACCUUGGAUGAGGUUUUCAAAUCUUUAAACUUGUCCGGAUAUGACUUGUCAAUUGACACCUUAGACAUGCAUGCACACAAGGACACCUUCCACAGAUUUGACAAAUUCAACCUCAAAUACAACCCAAUUGGGGAAUCCCGUUUGAGAGAGAUUUUUUUAAAGACUGACAACUAUAUUAAUGGUACCUACUUGGCUGAAAUAACCAGACAGGUAUUGUCAGACUUAGAAAACUCUAAAUACCAAAAUUGCGAGUACAGAAUUUCAAUCUAUGGCCGCUCAAUUGACGAGUGGGACAAGCUUGCGUCAUGGGUAAUUGACAAUAAGGUCAUUUCUCACAACGUGAGAUGGCUCAUCCAAGUCCCAAGAUUGUAUGAUAUUUACAAGAAAACUGAUACUGUAAAGAGCUUCAACGACAUUAUCAGAAAUCUAUUUUUACCCUUGUUUGAGGUCACAAAGAAUCCGCAGUCCCAUCCUAAGUUACAUGUGUUUUUGCAAAGGGUCAUUGGAUUUGACUCUGUCGACGAUGAGUCGAAGGUUGACCGCCGGUUCCAUCAAAAAUACCCCAAGCCUUCUCUAUGGGAUUCCCCCCAAAACCCGCCAUAUUCCUAUUACUUGUAUUACUUGUACUCAAGUAUGACAUCCCUCAACCAAUGGCGAGCUAAGCGUGGCUUUAAUACUUUUGUGCUCAGACCUCAUUGCGGUGAAGCAGGCGAUCCUGAACAUUUGAUUUCCGCUUACUUGUUGGCUCAAGGAAUUUCUCAUGGUAUCUUGUUGAGAAAAGUUCCAUUUGUGCAGUACCUAUAUUACUUGGACCAGGUUGGUAUUGCGAUGUCCCCGCUAUCAAACAAUGCCCUUUUCUUGACUUAUGACAAAAAUCCGUUGCCCUUCUACUUUAAAAGAGGGCUCAAUGUUUCCUUGUCCACUGACGAUCCAUUGCAAUUCUCGUAUACAAGAGAGCCUUUGAUCGAAGAGUACUCCGUGGCGGCUCAAAUCUACAAAUUGUCUAACGUCGAUAUGUGCGAGUUAGCGCGUAAUUCGGUGUUGCAGAGUGGCUGGGAAUCGAAAAUCAAGAGACACUGGAUUGGUAAAAACUUCUUAACUGAGGGGAUCGACGGAAACGACGUCGAAAAAACCAAUGUACCAGACAUUAGAAUCAACUACCGUCAUGAGACGUUGUCUACGGAACUAGAGCUUAUUGAACACUACGCCCGCUUCAAAGUGAAGGAAGGGGAAUCCACAGAAUAA